AUGAAGGAACAAGUGUUCUGCGUGAUUCCUGAAGGCGUCGAACUUGACAGUACGUUCGACUGCCUGGAAUUGGUGAAGUCAAUUUACGGCCUCAAGCAAGCGUCGCGAGUGUGGAACGAGACGUUCGACGAGUAUGUGUGCUCCAUCUGUUGCAUUGUAGACCGGAGCGAGGAAAGCGGAGCGAACGGAGCGGAGAGACCGAAGAGAGUAGAGCAGAAAACACUUGCCCAAUAG